AUGUCCGCUACCAAUGGUGCGGCUGCUGCCGACUAUCGCAGUCACAGUCACAUGCGAUCAGGCAGUCUCAACAUCAACGCAAACCAGGCCGGGCCUGGUGCUGCCCCGACCAUGAUUGCGUCUCCCUUGCCUGGCGGCCAACUGCCAGGAGCACACCGAUUUGACCAUUCGCGCAGUCCACCUAAUACGUCGCAUGUUCCGUGCAAGUUCUUCCGCCAGGGCGCUUGCCAGGCCGGCUCCGCGUGUCCCUUUAGUCACGAUCUCAGUGCCGCGGCCGAGACGGUGUGCAAAUACUUUGCCAAGGGCAACUGCAAAUUCGGCCCCAAGUGUGCCAACAUCCACGUGUUGCCCGACGGCCGCCGUGUCAACUAUGGCAAAGGCGGUGUCACGAUCGGUGCCCCGCCCGUCGCCUUGGGUGCCCGCGUGAACCCCAACACCUACCACCAACCAUCCAACAGCGCCCUUACCAACUCGUUCCUCCAUGCCGACGCCGUUCCCUCGUACUCCGCCUCCGCCUACGGUCAUCCCGAUGAACAAUACGCCCACCAGCCUGGUCAGAACGGCGGAGCCAAUGGAAUCCCGACCAUCGAUACCACAUAUACCUCCAACCCCACCACCGCUUUUGGCUCCCCUCGCGCGGAUGAGGAUGUUGCCGGUCGCUUCGGUCUCGGCGUUUCUCCCGCCCCCAGAGGCCUGUCAGUCCUAGACGCCCCCCUCCCGGCUUCCUUCGACAGCAACGGCAUCUCUCACGCCGCCCGCUACGGCCCGUUCCCCUCCUCGGUUCCCGAGAGGUUCGGUCUGGAGUCUAGCUCCCUCGGCAUGAGCGCGACCCGGGACGCCAACACUUCGCGCACCCUCCUUGCGCUACGUAGCUCCGCUUUCGGUGGAAACGACAACAUCUCUCAGUCCCUCCUCAGCGGCGAUGGGUUCGCCAACAGCCCGCCCACACACUCCUCGGCCGCCUUCUAUGGCUCCAGCCUUGGCGGUGAGGAUGUCGGUUUUGGCAGAAGGCCGAUGCACAGCAGCUCCACCAGGUUUUCCAAGCCCAGGCUGCUGAGCCAGAGCGUUCCCCAUGACCGCGAUUGGGACUCUGAUUUGAUCUUUGACAACGAGGAGGAUUACGUGCCGGGAGAGUUGGCUAAUGAGUUGCUCACCCCUGCCGAACGUGCGAGGAGAGGAUCUAGCACCGCUACCGUCCGUGGCUUCGAUGCUCCGCUGGACUCUACCGGGCUCGACACCACCAAGUUCGGUAGCCCCAUCUCCCAGAGCCCGAGCAGAUGGGGAUCGCUUUUCCAGCGCCAAAAGGAGGAGGAGGAGAGAGAAAAGCUGGAGUCUAACGGCGGUAGCGGCAGUCUCAGCUUUAUGCCCAUCGCUGGCCGCAGCAUCAAGCACCCGCCCUCGGCUUUUGGACACGUUGGCAGCCCACUGCGCAACUCGAGCCUCGCCAGCGCUUUUGUUUCUGAGGAUCCCAACCGCCAAGGAAGCCUCGCUGGCGAGUCGUUGUCUGCGCUCACCCAACAAUUCCAGCGUAGCAAAAUCGGCGAAGACUCAUCCCUCAUGUCCUCGAGCCCCCGUGGCCUUCACCCCAACUUGGGCCGCAAUGGAGCCUCUGGCGCUGGUGUCAUUGGCAAGGAGAGGGGCGAUAGCUUGCAGAGACAUAUCAGCUCCAACUCGGUCAGCUCGACAAGCGGGAGGUUCGCUACGCCGAUUAUCAACGAGGAUAAUGAAGGAGAGGAGGAGGGCGAUUUUGUCUUCACCAUGGAGGAGGAGGACGACACCGUCCAGGCGGGACAGAACCAAAAGCGCAACGGUAGCGGUAGCCCGCUCGGAAACGGGGGCUCGCUGGGUAACGGCGGAUCUUCGUCGCCUUGGGGAAGUUAUGCGGGCGCUGCUGGGAGUGGUGCGAACGGCGAUGAUUCGAAGGGCCAGAAUGGUGUGAGCAAGGUGGGAGCUGUUGGGGCGAAAUAA